AUGCCGGCCCUGAAAUCAAGCUUGCGUGCACCGCGGCCGCUUUCGGGGCUGAUUGCCUCGCGAUGCAGGCGCGGCGGUUUCCUUGUCUCGCACUUUUCGACUCCUGGGGCAAAUCGCAGCGAACAUAAUCAGCCGGGCAAGGACAGCAAUGCCGGCCGACAGACCAGGUCGGGCGACGCAUCCGUGUUUGCCAAAAUGGGCGAAUCCGCUGCUACCACCUUUGCCUCCAUCUGCGUCUUGGGGGUCGGCUUCGCAGCAGCGGCCUACAUCUACCACAAAUCCUACAAGAUGCUCGUACUGCAGAAGAUGACCCGGGCGUUUGAGCCCGGCGAUCCUGUUCUCGAACUGGCCGCCGUGGGAAAGGAUGUCCCCCACAGUCACCCUUCGAGCGAGGAGCAUUGGGUGAGACGACCCGAGCAGGAACACGUGGACCGCAUCGUCGCGGGCCAGGAAGUCGGACACUACUACCUGAUCUUGGGCGAAAAGGGCUCGGGCAAAAGCAGCAUGCUCAUCGAGGCCAUGCGCAAGGUCGAUGGCGACGGCGUUGCCAUGUUCGAGGCUCACGCCGACCCGGAAAUCGUGAGAAUACGCCUGGGGAAGGCGCUCGACUACGAGUUCCACGAGGACUACAUCGGCGGAUACUUUAGCGAAAAGGGCCCCAGGGACAUGGGCGCCCUCCUCGACAUCGAGCGCGCGCUCAACAAGCUGGAGAAGGUGGCCAUGAAGCUGUUCCCCGCGAGGAGAAAGCCCCUCGUCGUCAUUGUCAACCAGAUGCAUCUCAUGCGCAACGACGACGACGGCCGGAACCUCAUCGAGCUGCUCCAGCAGCGCGCCGAGCAGUGGGCGGCCGCGGGACUGGUCACCAUGGUCUUCAACUCGGACGACUACUGGGUAUACGAGCGCUUCAAGCAGCUGUCGACGAGGAUGGAGGUGCUGCCGGUGACGGACUUGCCAAAGCAGCAGGCGGUCCAGGCGUUGCAGCGGUACCGCCUGCGGUACUUUGGGGAAAGGUUGACGGAAGCUCAGCUGGACGACGUUUACGACCGCGUGGGAGGCAGACUGAGCUUUCUCAACCGCGUGGCCAAGAGUCACGACAUGAUGGCCAUGUGCGAGAAAAUCAAGGACAUUGAGAAGAAAUGGUUCCUCAACCAGUGCUGGAUAAUGGGAGCUGACAUGGACGACGACGUCAUGAACCAGCAGAAAUGGGCCGCGGCCGCCAUGGUCCUGGCGCAAGCCCUCGUUGAAAAGGAAGCCGAAAUGGCUGGCACCUACGACCCGCGGCAGGGCCACAUGCUGCCGACCUACCCGUUUCAUGUCGCGCAAGAAAUCAUGACGCGAUGCGACUUCAUCCGCGAUCUUGACAGCCUGAACCUGUUCACAAUCACGAGCCAGGCGGAUGUGCGGGCCAGCAGUGUGCCGAUGCAGCUCGCGUUUCGGGAAAUAUGCAGCCAGCCAGGCUUCAAGAAGCAUCUGGAGGACACGGUUGAGCGCAUCGCCGCCAUUGAGAGCUUGGGCCGAACAAGGGAACUAGUUGCCAAGGACUUGGUACUUGGUGGCCAGUACGGCAUUGCUAGAGGCAAGGGCGAGUUUACUGUAAGGCUCGAGAGACCUCGGGAGAGUUCGUAG